AUGGUCCUGCAGAACAAGUACAAGGCCAAGGCUUCGCGUCGGUACAAUUCGCAAAAGGGAGAGGCCAACGACGCCGAAGCAGGCUCAUCCAAGCCCGGAUACCGUCAGCGAUUUGCCAACAAGCAUCGCCGCUCCGCCAGCGCUGGCGGCGGGCCAGCAGAAGAGGAAUCUGAGAGUGGCAGCGGUGAGGAUGACGAAGACCACAGCGGAGAUAGCGAGGACGACGACAAAGACAAGGACUUCCCCAGCCUAGCCAACGCCGCUUCCGGCAGCCAGACAAAUACAGCGUCGGAGGAUGACCCUUCAAAUCCUACGCGUGGGAAGUACGCUCGGCGCAGGCUGGGCGAGAGCAAGCUCGCGAGGCUGGAGAGGCUCGAAGCGGCCAAGGAUCCACGUCUACCCGACGACGAGGAGCCAGAGCCAGAGGUGGACAUCUCGAACCUGGUCGCGCGCGUGGCAGCCAUGGGCGACUUGGCGAGCACCCAGGCCGGUCUUGCCGAGCAGAUCGCCCGCAGCCGCGCCCAGAACGAGACUGCCUCGGACGUCGAGAACGACAUCGACCACAGCCUGGCGUACCUGCACGAGCGCGAACGGCAGCGUCAGAAGGCCAAGGGCCGCGGCGGCGCUGAUGGGGACGAGGCCAGCAAGCAUGCUGCAGAAGCGCUGGCAGCUGAAGCUGACGGCGAGCCGAUCGACCUCGAAGCACUGCGAAAGGAGAAGGAGAAGGCCGACGCCGUGCGCGUACUCAAGGCUCGCUUCCAGGGGCAUGGCGUGGGCGAGAAACGACGACCAGAUGCGAAACCUCGUGUGGCGCCUUCGAUACAGAUCGGCCCGCAUGCCGUCCCCCAGUCACCCGCCGACAGCGACGUAGCCGCUGCGGCUACGGCUAGCACACUCUCGCCCGGCUUGACUGCCGAGAUCGAGUCGGCGCUCGCCAAGACGACCAGCGGUGAGACGGCUUCGGUCGGCUCGGGGCGCUCGAGCUUCAGCACGACUUUUGGCCGGCGCCGAUCGCCACUCGCCGGCGUUGCCGGUACAGAGCAGGAGCGUGGCUCGGCCCAGCGCACCGAGCGCAUCGACAGCUUCCUGGCUAGCAUCAACGAUCGCAGCGUCCACGGUGGUCGCGAUCCAUCCGUCUUUUCGCUCAGCCCCCAAGGCGGCUACACUGCCGCAUCUAGAUCUGCAUCGUAUCGCGACCAAAAGAGUAUGACGCCCCACUCGUCGCACGGCGAACUCGGUCGCCUCGAGAACUUUCUCGACGACAUGCUUGGCUGA